AUAAAAACAAAACAGAGAGUUCGGAGAAACCAAGGAGAAAGACCGAGUGGUAACAAAGCAAACGAAACAAGUUUUUGUCUUUCACUACCUCGCAAUCUUCUCUUUGUAACUGUCUUCGACGGCAAAAUUACACAUCUCCCGCGCAUUUUUGGAUAUCCGAAGCAUUUUUGUGGAAUAUUCCCGAAUCUUUUCGAUUCUCCGAUGAACCAAACACAAACAGUUUCGCACAGAUCACAAAGUCUCAGAAACAUAACAAAACAUCAUUGGCUCACCAAUCUUAAUCUCCAUGUCAAAACCAUGUGUUUCGACAUUUUUUUGACGAACCCUUUUAUUAUACCUGUCUUUCAAGGCCAUACACAUCACCAAGUGCCUUAAAUACUGGGUGAGGUUUAAAAGAAAAUUCAACUUGGGAGUUUAACUUGGUUUUUUCUAUACAUGGAGAGUCCAAUUUCGCCCUCUCAUGUUGUGAUAGCUUAUGAUGCUACUAAGGAUCGGGGAGUCCACGAGCUUAAGCUCACUAUCGAUGCAGUGAGAAUGAGAGGUGACAUUCUUCGAGGUGGUGAUACCCUUGUUGUUCAUGGAGUUCUUCAUAGAGUGCUUCAUCCAUUGGGUUAUCAACUCAAAGUAUGUUCUGACUCUUUUGCUGGAGCAAGCAAACGGCACAUAGAAGAGGAAAUCACAAAGAAACUUGAUGCGUAUGUCAACAUGCUCCUGCAAAGUGCUGAAGUUUGUGAAGAUGAAGGGGUCAGCAUCGAAGUUAAAAUUUCUGCUGGGACUCCCACAAAGCAGGUUGUUGUGCAAGAAGCUGUAGCGUGUAAUGCAACAUGGGUUGUGCUUGACAGGCAUCUUAGAAAAGAUUUGAGGUUUUACCUAAAACAGAUUCCCUGCAAGGUUGCACUGAUUCAAGAUAACUUAUCGGUGGUAAUAUUUGAGAAACCUCACACUACAGCUGAAACAGAUGCUGUAGAGCAAAAGUUGUUCUAUUCCAUGUCCAAACCCGUUCCAGUUUUGAAUUCUCCAACCAACGAAAGCUACAAGGAGUCAGUAAUCUCUAGCGGAAGCUUUUCAUCAUUUUUCAAUUCACUUGAAAGCUCCGAUAUGCCGGCCAGCUUUCUACCUUCUUCUUCAUAUAAAUCAAAUGAGCACAAAAAUUCUCUUGAUUUUGGUUCUUCUGCUAAGCCAGAAAAAUCAGCUCCAUCUGCUUCUAAUACAACUAUCCAAAAGCACCUGAAAAAUGUCUCACGAUAUAAAGCCUCAGAAGCGCCGAUUCUUUGUUCUGGCUGUGGGGCAAGGACUGAACUGUAUAUCAAGGAUUCCAUGAGAUUCAAUUUUUCUGAGAUUCAGUUGGCCACGGAUGAUUUUUCGAAGGAUAACUUGCUAGGAGAAGGAGGUUAUGGCCAUGUAUAUAAAGGUAAACUACAAGAUGGGCAGCAAAUUGCAGCAAAGGUACGCAAAGAAGCAAGCACGCAAGGAUUUACAGAAUUUCAAUCUGAGGUAUAUGUGUUAAAUUUUGCCCGUCACAAGAACAUUGUAAUGCUAUUGGGUUUUUGCUGCAAGGAGAACCUUAACAUUUUGGUUUACGAGUAUAUUUGCAACAAGUCCUUAUAUUGGCAUUUAUUUGAUAAAACUGAAAAUAUGCUUGAGUGGCACCAAAGACUUGCUAUUGCCAUUGGAACUGCUAAAGGGUUGCGUUUUCUGCAUGAAGAGUGUCGUGGCGGUCCUAUCAUACAUCGAGACAUGCGACCAAGCAAUAUACUUCUCACACAUGACUUUGUUCCAAUGCUUGGAGAUUUUGGCCUUGCAAGAUGGAAAACUGGCGAUGACCCUGAGCAGACAAGGGUGCUUGGCACACUUGGAUACCUUGCUCCAGAGUACGCAGAGAAUGGUAUAGUUUCUGUAAGAACAGAUGUCUAUGCAUUUGGCAUUGUUCUCUUGCAACUAAUAUCAGGACGCAAAGUAGUUGAUGAGAAAAGGGAGGAAGGAAAACAAUCCAUUAGACAGUGGGCAAAACCACUGAUUGAGCGCCUUGCACUACAUGAACUCAUUGACCCUCGUAUUGGAGAUACAUAUGAUACAUAUGAAUUGUACCUCAUGGCUAAAACAGCUUACUUGUGUGUGCAAAGAAGCCCUGAAAUGCGACCAUCGAUGGGCGAGGUGGUGCGCUUUCUUGAAGCAGAAAGUGACUCUGCCCAGCAUUUGGGGGAGCGAUUUGCACGUCAUUAUGCAAAGCGAUAAGGAUGAUAAUGGUACACAUAUUUUAUGCUCCC